AUGGCCGCUGCUACCCACCGGGCCCAAAGGAGACACCUCUCAGUCCACCGUAUAGCCGGCUCCUUGGGCGCUGAGAUCCGUGAUGUCGACAUCAACGAGUUAGAGGAAAACCCAGGCCUGGUCAAGGAGAUCCGCGAAGCCUUCCUCCAACACCAGGUCAUCUUCUUCCAGGAUCAAGAACUCGACGCUGAACGAUUUCUCAAGUUCACCAAGUUUUUUGGCAAGCCGGUCGAAUACCCCUUCGUUAAGGGCAUCGACGGCUUCCCUACCAUCAUUGAAGUGCUCAAACAAGAACACGAAACUGUCAAUUUCGGAGGCAUCUGGCAUUCUGACACUACCUACUUCGAGCACCCGCCCAUGGGCUCGGUACUCUGGGCCAGAGAAGUGCCUCCCUACGGCGGCGACACGAUCUUCGCAAACCAGUAUGCCGCAUACGACACGCUUUCCGACGGCCUCAAAAACACUCUCUCCAACCUGAAAGCAGUCAGCACCUCGGCAAAAGCUGACACUAGCAAAACCCGCGAAGACCGGAUCCGGGACUCGGGAAACUCUUCGGCCAAAGAUUCCUUUGAAGCUACACAUCCUGCUGUCCGCGCUCAUCCUGAGACCGGCCGAAAGGCGCUGUACGUCAACGUCGCGCACACCUCGCACUUCGAAGGCUGGACUGAAGAGGAGUCGGCUCCGCUCCUGGCGUAUCUGUUCAAGCACCAGGUGAAACCGGAGUUCACAUGCCGCUUCCGUUGGCGGGUGGGGAGUAUUGGGUUUUGGGACAAUCGUUGUGUGCAGCAUAAUCCGAUUAACGACUACCAUGGGUUUAAGAGGAGGAUGCUGAGAGUUACCCUAGAGGGCGAUAAGCCGGUGUAG